AUGAGUGCUUCAGAAUUAGACAGCCGUAACAUUGCGAUUUCCAUGAGAAAAUCUGUGGAAAACUUGGUUGUAUCAUCUCAAGAUGCCAUUGGUCAAAGCAUCAGCCAAGCUCUCAAUUUUUCCAAUGUCAUUGCUCCACAUUCCAGUUUACAGGAAAACAAAAGCAUAUCCCGGUCGCCGUCUCCAUCGCUUCGUCAUACCGAAAGCAGUUCCGAACUCCUGGACGACAAGUCUAGCGAUAUUUACUUCCAAGGUUCGGGGGACGCGCAGCCAAACUCCAUAGAAACACCGCUCUCCAAAUCUGACAGCAAUAAGCUGAUACCGCAAAACCCAGUGGUGCUGCGCGGCGGCGCCGACUCCAGCGCAGCGCGUACCAAGAAGAAGAGCUGGUACAACGCCCUGUACCCUACGUACAAGAGCAAGUCGGAGGACUUCAAGCGGCUGUUCAAGGACCUGCCCGACGAGGAGAGGCUCAUCGUAGACUACUCGUGCGCGCUGCAGAAGGACAUCCUGGUGCACGGGCGCGCGUACGCCUCGCAGAAUUUCCUCUGCUUCCACGCGAGCAUCUUCGGCUGGGAGACCAGCAUGACCCUCCGGUGGAAGGACGUCACCGCCAUCACGAAAGAGAAGACGGCGCUGGUGAUACCGAACGCUAUCCUGGUGUGCACAGAAGGCGAGAAGAACUUCCUCACCUCCUUCUCCGGCAGGGACAAGGCCUACCUGAUGCUGUUCAGGAUAUGGCAGAACGCGCUCAUGGACCAGCCGAUGAGCAGCCACGAGAUCUGGCAGUGGGUGCAUUCCUGCUACGGCGAGGAGCUAGGUUUCAACUCCGAAGACGAGGGCUACCCCAGGGACGCGCGUGACGCGCCAGACGACUCGUCCGCCAACCAACUGGACAUCCACGAGGAGCUGACGGAGACCGCGUCGAUGGAGGCGGGCGGCGCGGGGGGUGCGGGGGGCGGUACGCCGCGCACCAGAGACCUCUCGCCGAUGAGGGUGACGAACGGCGAGGCGGCCUACGGGGAAGACGAAGCCGGCGACACCCUACCCACUGACAUGUCCGACACGACGGACAGCGAGCCAGACAAACAUCGCAACUGCGGCGACGCGGAUAAGUGCACGACCGCGCACGAGGGCAAGCUGUUCCUCAGCCAGGAGUUCCCCUUCAACAUCGACCAGCUGUUCACGAUGAUGUUCACCAACUCCAAGUUCAACCUGGAGCUGCUCACGGCGCGCGAGACCACGGACUACACGCAGGAGCCCUGGCAAACGCAGGGGGCGCGUAAAGCGCGCCGCGUCAGCUAUACCCUCGGUUUAUCUUCGGGCCUUGUGGGACCCAAGAAGGUCCGCGUUACCGAGACACAGGUGAUGAAUAAAUGCUCGAAACCCGGCGCCCUGUACUCGAUAGACUCGACGAGCGAGAACGCGGGCAUACCUUACGCGGACUACUUCAGCGUGGAGGUGCACUACUGUCUGCAGCGCGUCACCGAGUCGACCACCCACCUCUCAAUAUUCGGCCACGUGCGCUACAAGAAGAGCAUGUGGCCGAUGGUCAAAACCUUGUUGGAGAACAACACGAUGUCUGGGCUCGAGGAGUACGCGCGUCUCCUGGAGGCGAGGCUAGCGGCCGCAGCACCAGCGCCAACGAGGCACGCGCGCCGACGCAGGCGCCAUCUAGCGACGGUUGCCCAGGAGCCAUUGGCAGGUCCCCUCGCCGCCAGGGGGCGAGCCGGUCCCGUGGCGGCAGGGGGCUCUUCCCGCUGGCUGCUCACCCUGCUGGUCGUCUCUCUGCUGGUGGUGAACGCGCUGCUGUACUGGCGCCUGGCCACGCUGAAGACGGCCACCUUCGACGCCGAUCAGAUGCAGGACAGGAUGGGCUCGAUGAGCGGUGCGCAGAUGCAGGACUGGUCCCGGCUGCUGGAGCAGCACACGCUGCGGCAGCGCAGCGAGCUGCUCGCCUGGAGGGACGCGCUCGACCGCACCGUCGCGCACCUCGCACAGACGGAGCAAGCUUUAAGAAAACUCUUGGAGACCAUAAAGCCUUCCUUGGUAAAGGCUCAAGCGGAGGCGGAAACGGAAGCGGAGGCGGGGACGAAGGCGGAGGGGUCCAAACGGGCGGAAGCGGAGGCGUCACAUAGCGAACUC